GGUCCCGACGCUGGACACGCAGGGAGCUGCAGGAGCUGGUCAGGAUGAGCCCGCCCACGGCAGCGCUGGGCCCCGCACGGCGGGGACCACAUUCUGCAGAGCCGGGAGGGCCCAAGGUCGGCGCACCCUCCGGUCAGCAAGGGCUCCGAAAAGGCACCGCGUCUGCCAGCGUCCUGGGGCCAGACUUCUUCCCGCUCUCCAUGAGAAGCCCCUCCCUGCCGGGACAGCACCCUCAGCCCAGCGGUUUUCCAGCGGUUGAGAUCUGCCUGCUGGGGCGUGAGGCCAACGGGGAGGCGGGAAGGAGACGCAAGUCCCUGGCUGUGUCCUCUGGCACACCCCACUCUCACCUAGCGCCCGGACCUUCUCUAGCCUCUCGCCGCCCUAGCAACCAGAACAGAAAAUGCAGGAAUGCUGCCGUCUUAUGUCUGUACCAACAACUUAAAAUACGUAUACACUCCCGAUCCCUGGACUGCGCUGGUGUUUGCCGCACUGGAAGCGGCUUUUUUACCGCUCAGCACUUUACACGCGUGUUCAGCUGCCGCAGCCGUGUCAGAAUCUUCUCGACCGUAGGACUCCUGCCCGCCAGACUCCUCUGUCUGUGGGAUUCUCCAGGCAAGAACACUGGACUGGCUUGCCAUGCCCUCCUCCGGGGGAUCCCCACCCGGGGAUCGAACGUGCGUCUCCUGUAUCUCCUGUAUCGGCAGGUGUUAUUUUUACUAACAGUGCCACCUGGGAACCCCCGGGCCACCAGGCGGACCAUAAGAGACACGAUCCGGGAGACAAGGAAGCCCCGCCGCGCGAGGCGGCUGGACUGUCCUGGAGGCGUCGCGCUAAGUGAGGUCAGACAGGGAAGACUCACACACAUGCCGGGCUCUCAGGGCCAAAGUCACACAAACAGAAACGGAGGAGAAACUGGCUGCCAGGAACUGAGUGCUGAACAACAGGAGAGGUGGUGAAAGGCGACAAGCCCUCACCCACAGGACGAGUGAGCGUUUAACGUACAACAGUGAGUGUGCGGAGCAC